AUGAGGCCCCGAGGACCAUAUCGCCCAAGAAUUGCCUCUUUGGGCAUCUCAUGCGCAGCUCGUGCAUUCUGCGCCUCCGCGGCCGACGCUUACCGCGCUCUCGACGUGUUGCCAGCGUCCAUCGACACUUUCAGACAGAAAUGCUUCCUCCCCGAGCAUCCCGGAAUCCUUCCACGCUCAUUACUUGACCUGCCGGCUUCGACAAAAUGGUUCCAGAGAAGCUACAGCCCUGCCCGAUUAAAUUUUGACUACUUGCAGGAGCACGCUGGCGAUGCGCUUGUUCCGCUUGAACUCACCGAGUCGGACGCGGGCGAGUCCGACAGCGUUUCGACUUUCCGACAAUUCCAUGCGCCACUCUCUCUCUUUCUAGAAUGGAUACGCCUGGCGGAGAAGGCACCCCAGUCCACCCAGCUGUACCUCGCGCAAUGCCAGCUUCUGGACCUCCCGCCGGCUCUGCGCGCUGAUUUCCCGGUCCCCGACGUAGUCGCGCGGGCCGGCAAGGGAGAUGUUUACGAUACAAAUGUCUGGAUCGGCUACCCUCCCACUUACACCCCUCUACACAGAGACCCCAACCCUAAUGUAUUUGGUCAGUUGGCCGGACAAAAAGUGGUGCGGCUGCUAGCACCAGACAAGGGACAGGCGCUCUUCUCCAAAGUCCGGAGCGAGCUUGGGAAAAGCAGCGAUCGAGGCGCUGCUGCAUUUCGAGGCGAUGAGAUGAUGCAAGGCCAGGAGCGCGCUUUACUAGAUGAAAUGGUAUGGGGCGCAUCAGCCUCCCCAUCAGGGUUCGAGGUACAUAUGGAGGCCGGGGAUGGUCUGUUUAUUCCAAAAGGCUGGUGGCAUAGUAUCAAAGGGAUCGGCGAAGGUGUAACGGCAUCGGUGAACUGGUGGUUCCGAUAG